GAAAGAGGCAAAGAAGGAAAGCAAAAGUGAAAACCAUUUCUCAGUAAGCCCUGCUCUUCCCGGAAAUGUUGCUUCAGUUCAUACCAUUUCCGUGCCUGCAGAGCCCAGACUCAGGUUCUCAGCUGACUCAGAAGAGGUCUGCAGAGCUUCGGGCUUUCCCCCUGGGCGGCAGAACCUGCUGGAGACUCUGCUGCAGCCCCCCGCCGGACCAGAGGCCCCAGAGAGGUGUCCAAGCAGAACGUUGCACCAGUGACUCACGAGGGCACCUCUAAUUCUCCCAUGGACCAAAUGAGCUCAACUCUGGGGCGGCAGGAGCCUCUGGACAACGAGGCAGGGACAGAAUGCCCAAGAGACCAGGAUGACAGUCUUCUGUGUGAGGAUGUGCAGCAACAAGAUGAGGAUCUGUCAGCUGAAGAAAUAAUAUUUUUGAAAGAGUUUCCCAUCAUCAAGGAAGAGCUAGAAGUGGACAUCAAGAAGCUCCAUGCCCUUGCAGAUGACAUCAACACAACCCACAGAACAUUCACCAAGACCAACAUGUUGGCCACCUCCAUCACUGUGGUCUCAGACACCAUGGGCAUCCUGGGUCUGGUCCUCGCUCCAUCAACAGUAGGAGGAAGUCUGGUGCUCUCUGCUGUUGGUAAAGUUUUGGGGACAGCAGCCGGGUUCACCAGCAUCUUCACCAAUGUUAUGGAACACUUUCAAAAUCAAAAAGCCCAAACUCAAGCCGGCACCCUAGUGUCUACCCAUAACCAUGAGGUCGAGGAGGCUCAGGGAAAGACGGUCUUCUAUAUCACAAGUGUCGGAAAGAAGGCCUAUGAUUGUGGAAGUAACAUCAAGGAUGUUAAGAGGAACAUCCAUGCCUUUCAGAUAGCCAGAGCCCACCCGCGUCUGGCCACUGCUGCCAAGCGUCUCCUGACCACUGGCCAAGUCUCGGCCCGAAGGAGCAUGCAGUUGCAAAGGGCCUUUAAGGAUACAGCAGUGCUGAUAAAGAAAAAUGCUCGCAUGCUGUGUAGUGCUAUGGCCGGCUUCUCCCUCUGCCAGGACGUGGUCACCCUCCUGACCGACUGGAAGCAACUGAAGGAAGGAGAAGGAAGCAAGAUGGCAGAAGAGCUGAGGGCCCACGCGCGGGAGCUAGAAAGGGAGCUGACAGAACUUACCCAGCUCUAUGAGAGGCUGCAGCAGCAGAAACUCUUCCAAGAGAAAAGGCCCAGGAGCUCAUCUUCGGGCGGAGCCACGGGGUCUCUGGCUUGACCUCCAGGCAGGCGUGGGGAAGCAGGACCUCAGGUGACAGGAGAGGACUCUGAGCAGAAUUAAAAGGGGACAGGGUGGGGGCGGGCUGGGUUGGCAGAGGCGAUGCCUAGGACUUAGCAAUCGGGAGGUCCAACUGGGGCCUGAGGGCGCGGUCAGCUAGUGAGUGUGGUGAGGUCCAUCUGUCCUGCCUCUCCUUCACCACCCUGCUUCUUCAUUGUCCCCCAUCCCUUCUCUAGGGCGCCGCCUCUUUCCCGCUGCUUCUCCGGUGCCCCAUUCACUCACGCGCACACAGUAGGUCCUCAUGAAGCAUGUGUCGAUUGGUGCGGGCUCUAUAUUAAAUGCAGAGGAUAGGACAGGAGGGUCCCUGAGGUGAGGGGCAUCUUGUGCUUACCUUUCCGUGGCCAGCUGCCUGCUCUGCUCCCUUCCUCCGGCACCCAGGGUAAUGCUGGGUAAGACCUGGGUUUGCACACAACAGGACGUCACUGGAAACUGCUCGACCAGAUUCCAUUAGGAAAGAGAGAGGCCCAGGAGCCCUUCUCUCCUCCCCGAGUUCAGAGCAAUUUAGGAUUCCUCAGAAACUGUGAGGACCUCUCCAGGCUUCCUGCAUCACCUAUCUUCAACCUACUUCUUUCUUAUGUUUUAGCUGCUGUUUUGAAAGCAGCGCAUGGACAUUAAAUACAACUUUUUAAAAAUUCAGGCAGGGGCGCCUGGGUGGCUCAGUCGGUUAAGCAUCUGCCUUUGGC